AGUUGAGUGUGUAUGUUUGUGCGCGCGAUUUUUUUUUAUGUUUUUUUAUUUUUCUUGGCUCGUAGUCGUUGCUAACAUUGUCGUCGUCGUUGUUGUUGCUGUGACUCUGGCUGUUACUGCUGCUGCAGCUACUGCUCUUGGGGUUCAUAUUGUUGGUGUUGUUGUUGUUUGCUGCUGCUGGCGUUGUUAUUGUUGUUUUCGUCGUUGGCUGUGUGUACAUUUGCAAAAGCGGUGGUUGUUGGUUAGUUCGCAUAUCUAUAAUCGUCUCAUUCAAGUGUCCAACUUUUGUCGGAGCGGUCGUCGCAUCAUCAUCAUCAGCACAAUAUAUAGAAACGCAUACACGGGGAUACAAAAAAAAAACAGCAGAAAAAAAGAAAUACAACUACAGCGCAAAAGAAGCAAACAAAAAAAAAACAACAAAAAGCUCUUUUGUAUGUGCGGACUAAACUAUACACUAUCAACACAAACCAUCAUCAUCAAUACCACCAGCAGCCGCAGCAAUUGUGUCGCCUCUUCUCCUGGGUUUUGCGUUUGUCUGGAUUUAAUCAAUGCACAAUAUUUUGCACUAUAAGACAGUUCUGGAAAAACACGGAUCACAACUUUAAAUGUCUUUUGUAGCCACUACUGAAGAAUUGAUUGGCACCUCCUUAAGCGGUAAUAGCAGCAGCGCCCUCGCCACCACCACCCAAACCAGCAUUAUGCGAUCAAUUAAGACACAACGCGGCGGUAUCAGUGAAUCGUCUACAACAUCCGAUAAUACCACCGAUUUUAUUGAUAUUGUCAAAAAACAUGACAUCGUUUAUAACACUCAUCAUCCGGACUAUAAAAAUGUUGAAAUCAAAUUAAAAGUUUGGACACAAAUCGCCGAAGAAAUUGGUUUAUCUGUGGAUGCCUCCAAAAGAAAGUGGAAAAAUUUACGAGACAGUUAUACAAAAUAUCUGCGCUCGUUUCGUGUUGGCACCAAAACCUCAAAGAAAUAUCAAUUUUGGGCUCAUGCCGAGCAUAUGGACUUUUUGAAACCCUAUCAAGGACCAGGGAGAUCAAGUACAAAUGUUACAAUAGCAAAAGAUGACGAAGAUAAUGAAUGUGAUUUGGGCUAUCAAGUAGUGAGCAAAGCUUCCGCCAACUCAGUGGACGAGGAAGAUCUAAAACAAAAUUCUAUUGCAAAUAAUAUAAUGUUAAAAAAUGUCCCCAUUAGCGCAGCAUCCAUAUCCAAUAUGAUGCCAAACUAUGCUACCAAUACGGGCGGUAUUAAAACCUCGGGCAUAGGAUUGUCUAUACCCAGCAGUGGUGGAGGAGCAGCUACAGGAACGUCCUCCUUAUCGGGAACAAUAAUGUUGCCGGUACCCUCACUGCCCACCGUACAAUUGCCGCCCUCACUGACAGCUAAACCCAUUUUGGCAAGCAUAUCAACGUCUUCUUCAACCUCGUCCGCUUCAGCUGCCUCCUCAAUGUGUAAUACUUCUCAUAGUUAUACAACUUCAGCCUCUUUAGCCUCGCUUACAUCCACAUCUAUGCCCUCACAGGUAUUCGCUUUGCCGCAACUCUCAGCCAAAGGACCCAUACCAAUGCCCUCAAGUAAUACCGCCAGUUCGGUGGGUUGUCUCAUAAUCGAGCCACAACUCUUCGCCUCUGCUGAUACCUUUAAAAAGGAGUUCAGUAACAGCUCCUCUGUGUACACUUCCUCAUCGACUGCACAAAUUACACCUUCGGGUCUACAAAUUUAUCCGAAUGUUACCAGCCACAUGAGUGCAACAUCGCAAACGAUGGCUAAUCGUUUGAAUUCCCCACUCAUAACAAAAAUACGUCGCGUGCAACCUUCACCACAAUCUUCAGCCAUUAAUUUAAGUUUUUCCACCACACCCUCAUCAUCGGCUUCGGCUACCUCCGCUCUAACUUCUCAGUACCAAACAAAUGGCUUCACUUCUACACUGGCCAAUAGUUUUAUGCCUGCUCUAGGCGGCUCCACUACCAUAACAGCUACCACCACCACCAAUGGUGGUGGUGUUGGUGUUCCACCGCCCAUAAAAAAACUAAAAUCAGCUGAGGUUGAUAUAUCGGCCAUUUUACAGGCCAAUCGUGAUCUAGAUGCCAAUACCUUGUUUUUCCUUAGUUUGGCUCGCUCGGUGCGUUCUAUGCCCACAAAAUUCCAAUCACUGGCUAAAAUGCGUUGUAUGCGCAUAGUAAGCGACAUCGAAUUGGAAUUGGACAACGUUAGUAAUGAGGCCAACAGUGGUGAUGGACAUACAAAAUACUGUACAAAUGAUACGGAUUCUCCGCCCACGGCUGCAGGUAAUAAUAUCAAUGAAAUACCGCAAUCGGAACAUUUUGUUUAUGUUAUGUCACCGUCACGCGUGGAGAGUAUGAUCGAUUUAUCGUCCGACGAUGAGAAUCCAGCCAAUAGUGGUAAUUAGAAGAAUUUAUCAGUGAAGUAAAAAAUGUAGUUCUAACUUAUUUAAAUUUUGUAAUGUAAAUAUUUAUUUUUAUUUUAAUAUGUGAAAUGUUUCAGAGAAACAACUUAAGGAUAUGAAUUAAGAAAAUGAGACAGACAGUAUUGUAAUAUUAUUUAUAAGCUUGUUGUUAUAAUGUAAAAAUUAUAAUGAAAAAUAAAUCAUUUUACCAUUAUAUGUAAAUUUAAU